AUGGCCUUCCACCUCUCCACUGUUGUGGCGUACAUGUGCGGUGUGGAAGUGCCAGAGCUGCAACUUUCUUUCUUUCUUUCCAAUGGAGUAGAGCCCCUAACGGGAGAGGCGUCGACGGAGGGGCAGACAUCCGCGACGUUGACGGAGAGGAGUACAAUGAACAUAGCGGAUCAACGGAGAGGCGCGACGCCAGCGAGCGGAGGUAAACCGUCGAGGUGCGCGGAGUGGAUGUGGCGCGUGCGAGGGGCGUUUGUGACGUCGGUGCGAGCGCAGAAGGACACGAUCAUUGCGGCUCCACCUCCACCAAAAGCGACCAGGAAGAGAGAUAGCGAUGCGAUGUGCUGGUGCGAUACCAUUGCUUCGCAGAAUCAUCACAUGUCCUGCGAUGCCCUCGCUGAAUGUCUGCAUCCAAGUGAAACGGUGCCGCUGACGGAAGUGGUGGCUCAGUCGCUGCCCUGUCUCGGCUGCACACCGUUCGUCACGUCCGCGUUGCCGUCUUCCUCCUCUUCCUCCGAAGCGGACGAGCUGCGAUGGGGUGUGCCGUGUUGGCCGAUGUGCACCAUCACCAUACCUUCUCAAGAAACAGGAAAAACAGAGAAGACGUUGAUGACCGAUGAGGACGGCGAUGGGGCUGCGCCGGCGAGCUGCGCGGAAGACGAAUAUUGUUUUCACGAGGUCGGUGACACAUCUUCGCACGACGUGGCUGGAAAGGAGGGCAUUGCGGCAUCACCAACAGUGCUGACCUCGGCGAUGACGGAGGCCCAAAACGGCGAUGAGCGCUGCGGCGGUGAAGGAGCACCUCGACUGGCGGUGCGUGUGGGCGGGAGUCACGCCGCAACCUUUCGCGAUCCGGCCCCCUCGCUGUCUUCGUCGUUGCCCUCAUCUGUUCCGCCGCCUCGAUCGCUUCUGCUGCCGGACAUGGUCUGCCUCCGUCACACGUUGCCCCCGUACUCCUCCACGGCGCCCUCUUCGCUGUCUUCCCGCACGGUAGCUAGCGCCAGCACUAACGAUGAACCGACUGUAGAAUUGUUGCUCAUUGCAGUGGAGUCGCUGCCGGAGCUGUGGGAGACACGUCGCCAAGGACUGCUGCUCUAUACGAAGGUCCUCCUCCACCUCUACGCUACGGCAAUGGCACGCGCGUCCGCACGCCGUCCAUCCAGUGAAGAAGGAGAGGACGGUGCGAGCGCAGGCCGGUCGGCGCUGCCGUCAUUACAGUGGCGGUGCGAACUGUGGACGCCGCCGGCGGAGGGCAGGGCUGCCGGGUCAUCACAACUACCACCCACAUCCACCGCAGCAGCGAACAUCGACGGAACUGUUUGCCGCACGGUUGUUCAAUCCGGAUUGUUCUCCCCGUACACCUCCAGCAGGAGCGGUGUCGCUUCUCCACCUACCUCGCUCGGCGAGGGGUCUGCUACGACUCCUUCUAUUCCUGACUCAUUAGGUCUGCGCGUCGUGGAUCGUGUUGCUCGGCCCUCCAAAGCAGCAUGUGUACCGUCGCCGGUGCUGUACCCACGGCUGGGUGAUCUAACAGUCCAUUUACGCACUUUUUGCCGGUGGUGGGAGGACAUGGAGCAGCUUGCACGGCAGCUCACGAGCCCGACCGUGUCGCGUCCCACCGCCGCCAUCGACGCUGGCCAGGCGUUAUCGGAAACAGCAACGACGGCGUCGGACACGACAACGAAGAACAACCUCUCAGACGAACGUGGCGCAAUUGACAUGCCGGGCGAUGACACAACGUGGGCGCGCAACACUGUCGAGCAGCUUUUGUGGUGGUGGGCUGCGAAAUCGGUGCGGCCAGUUGCACGGCGAACUCCGCCACCUUCUUCCUCGUUGUCGUUGUGCCCACCACUACCGCCGCUUCCGUCUGGCGCAGCGCCGCUCUUUGGUGCCGUUGUUGUGCCGACCCACGUGCGCGCCGCCCCUGCUGCCACGAUGGAAGAGGCGUGUGGAUCUGCAUCACCGCCUGCGCUGCCCCUCCCCUCGCUGAACUUGUGCUUCGUCAACCCACGCGGCGCCUAUGCCUAUCAGUACGAUUUGGAAGCGCUGAAUGUGUUGUGUCGUGCCGUGCACCUCUUGCACGCUUCGGUGUGCGUCGUUGAUGCGGCGCAGAAGGCGGCGUUGAUGACAUGGAUGCGCUGCUUUGUCCGCCCUGUCUCGACCACUAACGCUACUGCUGGUGCAGCUUCGUCCUUGGCAGCUGCUUGUCACGCAGACACCACAAAUACCCCGGAUGCUGCCGCAGCCUACUUCGAAUACUCUUAUGAUGCGCUUGCGGAGGUCGAGAAGAGCUGCUUGAUUUUAGAGGACUACGUGUACGAGCGCCAUCGUCGUCUUCUGGCCGACAACGAAAAGGAGGAAGGAGAGGACACGGCAGGGGAGGAAGAGCGGAAUGCCACUGUGCAAACGACAGCACAACCUCCAUUGUCGUCUUGCGGCAUCCUUGGAAAGGCUCGAGCAGGGGCCGUGCCGACGCGUGCGUGGUGUCACGACGCGCGUGUGCUGGCCUGGGCGGACUUCCUCGGACGGCGCCGCCUGGACGUCUUCACCUGUCCUCUCGGGGGCCCUUCACAGCGGAGUCCGGCCACAAAAGUGGCAGCAGCUGCGGCGCCGCCUUUGCUAUUGAAUGCGGUUCCUCCUUCAUUUCUUUCGUACCUGCUGACGCGUAUCGCGGACAGCGGGGUGGAGGCGGUGGAGCAGUUGUCGGGCACGAUUCUGCAGAUGGGGCGUCGACUGAGCGGGGGUUAA